GCAGGCACCAUGUCUGACAACGUGGGUGCUUGUCGCGGAGUCAUUGGCAUUCCUGUACGGACUUAAUGGCUUAAAGACCAGGGAGGCAACACUCAAAUAUCAGACUGGGAAGCAGCACCACUCAAGAGGAUCACAGGAGCACUGAGGUGGUGAAAUUUUGCCGAAUCCUCCAGGAAUCAAAAGGGACCCAAGAUGGUUAAAAGGUCAAAACUGUCCGAGGGGACAGCCACGGGUCAAGAUUCCGAUGCAGAGAGUGGUAGAGAAGUGGGGAUCAAGAAAAAAUCUAGGGUCCCCGGGGUGAUGAUUACACAGUUUAUAGAGACGCUGCCAGAGGGAAAGAGCCAUCCAGACUUCACCCGCAAGCCGAUUGCUUUGACCAUCCAAGAGGGGAAAUUUGCUUUUUUCAAAGCCAUUGUCAUUGGAGACCCAGAGCCGACUGUUACGUGGAGCAGAAAUAAUGGAGAUGUGUCUGAUACGUCAAGAUAUCAGACUAAACACGAUCCCGCUUCCAAUGAGCAUUUAUUUGAGAUGCCAAAUGUUAUGCCAGAUCAAGCUGAUACCUAUAAAUGCUUUGCCACAAAUGAAUAUGGACAAGCCAUGGUCACAGUUGUUCUGAAUGUCAUCGAAGUUGGCUUCAAAAAGGACAAAGCUCAGCAACAAGUAGCUGAAGCCGUCAAUGGGGAUUUUAAGAAGGUACUGAAAAGGAGAAGUAAGGUCCGUCCGAAAUCUGAGCAGCCUGAGAGAAAGGAUGGAGAGAUUGAUCCAAAGUUUUGGGAGCUUUUACUUAGUGCUGACAAGAAAGAAUAUGAGAGAAUCUGUGCAGAGUAUGGAGUGACUGACUUUCGCUGGAUGCUGAAGAAACUUAAUGAAAUGAAGAAAGAAAGGGAGGAAGAACAAGCUGAGUUUGUCAGAAACCUGUCCAAUCUGAGAUCUAUUCAGGUCAAUGCAGAUAACACUGCAUCCUUUGAGUUUGACAUGGACCUUAUUGACCCAAGCAGCUCCAUAUUCCUGUACAAGGAUGGUGUAAUGGUUCCAUAUACAAAGGAUUUGGGAGAUAAGAUGAAGCACAACCUCAAACAAGUGGGGAAAAAAUACAUUUUCAGUUUGAAGGACCUUAUGCCAGACGAUGCUGGACUGUACCAGGUGGAUGUAGAGGAUGUGAAUAUGUUUUCCACUGAUUUUAAAAUCCCCAUGGUGGAUUUCUUGGUGAAAAUUCAGGAAGUGAAGGCAAUAGAGAGGCAAGAUGCUGUCUUUGAGUGUGUCCUGUCAAACCCAUUCUCCAAGAUUCUGUGGUUUGGCAAAAAUUUGCCGCUGGAACAAGGCGAUAAAUAUGAUAUCCAGGUUUCGGAGGACAAGCUCAUUCACAGGCUGGUGGUCAAAGACUGCAUGAUAGUAGACAAAGGAAUUUAUUCUGCCUGCGCAGGAAUAAAAUCUUGCAAUGCAUGGCUUGUCGUUGAAGCUGAUAAAGAUGCACAACAGGGCAAAAAGUCAGCAAGGAAAACAACAACAGCAGGGGGAUCUGGGAUGGAUCUGCAGAAGGUCGCCGAAGAGCAGCAAGUAAAAUUAGAGAAGAAGAGAGAGGAGAGGAGAGAACAGAUUAAAGCUGCCCCUCCACCUGAACCCCCUCCAGCCCCUGCACCCGCUCCUAAGCCUGAACCUAAGGCACCAAAAGAUCCUGAGCCAAUUAAAGCUCCACCUCCAGCACCCACUAAGCCGGAACCUGAGGCGCCAAAGGAGCCUGAGCCAAAAAUUGAGCCGGUACCAGCAGCGGAUCCACCCGUUGUAGAGCCAGUAAGCACUGAGCCGGAAAUCACCUGUGGACUCUCUGAUAUCUAUGCUCUUCGUGAGAGCCCGGCUGAAUUAAUUGUGAAGAUGAGCAUGGACUCUGACGGCACCUGGUUCAAAGACGGAGAGCAGUUAAAGUCAGGUGCUGGGAUCACCAUCAUCAAAGAUGGAACAUCUCACAAGCUGACAAUUCAAAGCUGCAGCGACGACGACUCUGGAGUUUAUCGCUUUGUAUCAGGGGAUCUCAGCACACAGGGAAAGGUCACCGUUGGAGGCGUACCUGAGUUUGACCCAGACGACCUUCACAAGUUCUCCAAGCCUGUGAUCAUAAGAGUGGGCCAGAACGCUGCUUUCAAGAUGCCCUUUCCUCCUCAGGAGUCUUUGGUGGUCAGCUGGUUCAAAGACGGCACUGAGAUCAAAGACGGAGGUGGAGUUAAGAUCGUGAGGGAGCCCAAUCACAGCCGGCUGCUGCUCAGAGACUGCCUGCGGACAGACGCAGGGGAAAUAAAGAUCCAACUCAAAAAUCCAUUUGGAGUUGCAGAGGCCACAUCGAGGCUUAUCGUGCUUGAUCGCCCAGGUCCCCCUGAGGGUCCAGUGGAGGCCGUUGAAACCACCUCAUCUUUGAUUGAGAUUAAAUGGAACCCACCCAAAGACGACGGGGGCUCCCCUGUCACCAACUACAUCAUAGAACAGCAGCAGGCGAGACAGAAUCUGUGGACGAAACUUGGGGAUGUCUCGGCUGACAAGACCUCCUUCAGAGACAGGAAUGUGACUCAUGGAAAGAAAUACAACUACCGCAUCUAUGCAGAAAACCCUGAGGGCCUCAGCGACGCCCUGGAGACAGCUGAUAGCAUUAUGGCUGGCAUAAUGAUACUCGCCGGUCCACCUGGUGCCCCCCAAGUGGUGAGUGCCUCUAAGAGCUGCAUCAACUUGACCUGGACACCCCCAGAGGACGACAGAGGAGUACCGAUCAUUGGUUAUCAAUUAGAGAAACAAAAGAAGGACACAAACGAGUGGAUUGCCCUGAAUGCAGUCAGUGACCCUAUUAAAGACCUGAGCUAUGCAGUUAAAGAUGUCACUGAAGGGGCAGAAUAUGAGUUCAGGGUUUCAGCAAUCAAUGAGUCAGGCGCAGGAGACCCAAGCCCUCCCUCUGCAAUGGUGUGUGCAAAGAAUCCCAACAUGAGACCUCGUUUUAAAGACCCAGAGGACUUCAUUGUUGUCAGAGCAGGAAAUUCUGCACGUGUCAAAAUUUGCUACGAGGGUGAACCUCCACCUCAGAUCACUUGGUUGAAGGAUGAUGAGCCGAUAUCCUCGUGGAUUACUAUCAUCAGUACCGAGGGAAUGUCUCAGCUUGUUAUCCCCUCAUCAAAGCGCUCUGAUUCAGCUAUUUACACUAUCAAAGCCCAAAACUCUGUGGGUGAGGCGUCAUUUGAUGUCGAGGUUAGAGUCACAGAUGAACCCAAGAUUCCGGGGCCAGUGGAGCUUGAGCAAACAGUCCAAGGAAAAGUGGAGGUGUCAUGGGCUCCUUCACCAGACCAGGAGCUUGACGACCGCCUGUACUACGUGGUGUCUCAAUAUGACACCAACAGCAGAAUGUGGAGGACUGUGGCAGACCGCCUAUUUGCUAACACAUUCACAGCCAAUAACAUCCUUCCUGGGGCAGAGUACCAUUUCCGGGUCUAUGCCAAGAAUGAUGUGGGCCUCUCAGAUCCAUCUCCUUCACCUACAUGGGGUGCCAACUGCAACAGAGUUCCAAUAACUACAAAAGGACUUGUUUCAAGAGAGGUCUGCUUUGAGAGGCCUCCAUCCAUCCUGGUCCCUCUGAAAAUCCACACACCACCCAAAGGCUACCAACUCUACAUGACAUGCGCUGUACGAGGAUGCCCUGCGCCCAACAUAUCCUGGUACCUCAACGACGUCUGCAUCAACUCAGACAGCGACUACUACAUCACCAACUCAUUUGGUGUGUGCUCCCUGUACAUUCUUCGAGUGCAAUCGAAAGACAGCGGUGAAUACAAGGUUGUUGCAGUCAACCCUCUUGGAAAGGCAGAGUGUUCGACUAAACUUGCUGUUAAAGAAUAAAAGGGCAUGGAGGCUUUUGGACGCGUUCCUCGUACUGAGAUAUUCUGGAAAAUAAGAAAGUGGGAUGUUUUGAUUUACUGCAGACUGCAUUGAAAGUGUGUGAUAUUGUUAAGUGCUGGUAAAAAUGUCUAAAAUGGUCUAAAUACUAAUUUAUUUAUUUGAAAUGGGACUGUUUUACAAUUGUUAUGCUGUCAUCAGAAAUAAUAGCUACUUAGCAUGAGUGAAGUGAAAAGCCAUAGUACAAAGACAUCUGUCAAAAUGUUCUCUUGUAGC